AAAGGCAGGAAGAUAAUUAUAUUUUUGCUACGGAGGUUCCCUUAACCUGUCAAGGAAACAAAAAUUUACAUGGUUACAUGUGUAUAUAACAGAAACGAAGAGUCGACUCUUACACGACCAUGGAAGACAAGAACGAGGCGAUUCCAAGGCCACCGGUGAGCACCAUCACAGCAGCUGUUGACCUUAAGGAACAAGAACAAUGGUUUGUACCGGUCCAUCACACUCAGAUCACGGACCGGUCCAGCGCCCCAGCCUCUGGUACACACAACCACGUCGCCAGCCGCUCCAGCCGCUCAGCCGCUCCAGCCGCUCCAACAGCGACGCUCAAGCAACGGACGCUGUCCCAAAACUUAUUUCGAAUUGUGAGACGAUGAUUCACGUGUUGAAAGGUAACAUUGGACCAGGGCUCCUGGCCCUACCUGAAGCCUUCAUGAACGCUGGUCUCUGGGUUGGCUUCGCUGGCAUCCCCAUCAUGGGUCUGAUUUGCAUCAACUGCAUGCAUAUAUUGGUCAAGAGCUCCAAGGAGCUGUGCCGUCGAGUGCAUGUCAGUGUGUUGAGUUACGAGGAGACGGCUGAGCUGGCUUUUAAGACGGGUCCUGGCCCGUUUAGAAGGUGGCAUCGAGCUGUAUACUACGUUAUUAAGACCUUUCUCGUCAUUACCCAGACUGGCUUCUGCUGCGUCUUCGUUGUGUUUAUAUCCCAGAACAUCCAGGAGGCGGUGAAGUGUAUGAUUCCCAGUGGCAGCAGCAUUACCAUCUACGGAUAUAUGGGUAUAAUUCUAGUGCCUCUCCUCGUCAUCGCUUACAUUCCCAACAUCAAGUACCUGGCGCCGGUGUCAAUGGUAGCUGGGGCAGCGCAGGUGAUGGGUAUCACCAUCUGUCUGUACUACAUGUUGAAGGACCUGCCACACAUCCAGGAACACGUCCCAGCCUUCGCCGGCUGGUCUACUCUACCACUCUACUUCGGGUCAGCUAUCUACGCCUUUGAGGGCAUAGGACUGUUAGAGGUGGCAGUUAAUUCUUGUUUAAGGUAUAACUUUACUAUUCUUCCAAGACUCCGGCACAGGUUGAAGGCCAACUCUUUCUCUGUUUUUACCCCCUUCUGUCUACCUGUCUGCCUACCUGCUUGCUGCCUGCCUGUUUAUCUGCCUGCCUGCCUGCCUGCCUGUCUGCCUGCCUGCCUGCCUGUCUGCCUGCCUGCUUGCCUGCCUGCCUGCCUGCUUGCCUGCUUGCCUGCCUGCCUGCCUACCUACCGUCAGUACAGGCUUGCCGAAGCAGUGAAGUUGCUAAUGGCUAUCGCUGUGUAUCUGACGUAUCCACUACAGAUGUAUGUACCUUACGAGAUUCUCAUUCCCACGGUGACGAGGAGCUUCAGGUCGCCCAGAACCAAGCUUGUAGCUGAGUACUCCUUCAGGACAGCCAUGGUCAUCCUUACUUUCAUCUUCGCUGUCAGCAUCCCCAACAUCGGACUCUUCAUCUCAUUGAUCGGAGCAGUGAGCAGUUCAACACUGGCCUUAAUAUUCCCUCCCAUCAUUGAGCUGAUAACCUUUUGGCCCAACACUGGCAAGUACCACUGGAUCCUUGUUAAGGCAGGUGUCAUUUGUAUCUUCGGGAUCGUCGGGUUUGUUACUGGCACCAUCAGCAGCGUCCAGGCCAUCGUUCACUUCUUCAAGUACGGCGAGGAAACACUGCCGCUGGAAUGCUAGGCUCCUCAGGGGAUCCUAGGCUCCUCCGGGGAUCCUUAGGCUUAUACAGGAGUCCUAGGUUCCUAACGGGGAUCCUAGGCUCCUAUGGGGAUCCCUAGGCGUCUACAGGGGUCCUAGGCUUUUCCAGGAAUAGGCUUCUCUUGGGAUACUAGACUUCUACAGGGAUUCCUAGGCUCCUCCAGGGAUCACUAGGCUCCUCCAAGGAACCCUCGGCUCCUUCAGGGAUCCCUAGUCUCCUCCAGGGUCCUCCAGGGAUCCCUAGUCUCCUCCAGGGAUCCCUAGGCUCCUCCAGGGAUCCCUAGGCUCCUCCAGGGAUCUCUAGUCUCCUUCAGGGUCCUCCAGGGAUCCCUAGUCUCCUCCAGGCUCCUCCAGGGAUCCUUCAACAACUCAACAUCUACGGGAAUCAGUAUCUCACUACGUCUAUACACACAAGCACUGCUACCUACGUGUAGUAGAGAGGCUUGAAACCUCCCUUUAGAGGUGCGUGUCCUUGA